AAGUGUUACACUAGAAGUAUAAAAUAUAAAAAAUAGAUGUAAUGUAAACAGAGGUAAUUACACUUGUAAAACAGGUAGGGUAGAUGUAAUAAAUAAAUAAAUGGCAAGAAAAGUGUGUCUUCCUUGCGUCAGACUUUGCCUAUAAUAAAAAAGGCCCCCCUUAAAGUGCGUAUUUUUUGUGUGAUGGGGGAAUUCCUCACAGGUCUGGUCACCACCCUGUUCGCUUUCUCCUCUCUUCUCCAUCUCCUGCUGUUCGCGCGUCGUUUCGGCUCUCCACGGAAUUUAAACGUCACUCACUCAUCAGUUUGCGCGAGAGAGAAGCUUCACGCUCCAAGUGUCGCCAAGUCCCCCUGCCUCGCGCACAUUAAUAUUCCUGUAAGUCUCUAAGUCAUGAAUAACAAUUACACCGUAUACCGGGGGUAUAGAGGCGGAGGCUCUCGGUGCUCACACUCAGAGCGGCGGCUGCAGCUCCGGGCGGAGGAAGGAAGGUUCUGCUGGAGCUCUAUAGACCUGCAAGACACUAGAACGCGCUGCUUUCUCCUGCUGUAGAUUCUAGAACGCGCUGCUUUUCACCUGCUGUAGAUUCUAGAACGCGCUGCUUUUCACCUGCUGUAGAUUCUAGAACGCGCUGCUUUUCACCUGCUGUAGAUUCUAGAACGCGCUGUUUCCACCUGGAAUGAGUUUGGCUAUCUCGGCCCAAUAUCUCUACUCUCCUGCUGCCGUUUUACCACAAGCCUGCUCUUGACACCAACACCACCAGAGGGUUUACAAAUGUUAGUCCACUCCUACUCCACCGCGGACCGGCAUGACGGCGUCUCGAGCCACAGCUCGCGCCUGUCCCAGCUGGGCUCGGUGUCGCACGGGGGACCCUACUCGAGCGCGCCUCCGCUGUCUCACGCGCCAUCCUCGGACUUCCAGCCUCCGUAUUUCCCGCCACCUUACCAGCCGCUCGCUCACUACCAGAGCCAGGACCCGUACUCCCACGUCAGCGACCCGUACUCCCUGAACUCGCUGCACCAGAGCCAGCAGAGCGCCUGGGGUGCUCGGCAGCGGCAGGAUGCGGCCGGAGAGCGGAUGGACAGCUCGGCUCUGCUCGCUCAGCCUCGGGCCUCGCUGCCGCAACUGUCCGGACUGGACCCGCGGAGGGAUUACACACACGGUGUGAGGCGGCCGGACGUGCUGCUGCACUCCGCUCACCCGGGACUAGACUCCGGGAUGGGAGACGGACUGCUGCACGGGCUGCACGGCAUGGAGGACGUCCAGACCAUUGAUGACACCAACGGAACGAGCAUCCUGGAUCAAUCAGUCAUUAAGAAAGUGCCCAUGCCGCACAAGAACAUGGGCUCUCUGAUGCUCGGUAAGGACGGCCUCAUCGGUGGCAUCUCCGUCAACAUUAACGAGGUGUUCUGCUCGGUACCGGGCCGCCUGUCGCUGCUCAGCUCCACCUCCAAGUACAAAGUGACCGUAGGGGAGGUGCAGAGGAGACUGUCUCCACCAGAGUGCCUCAACGCCUCCUUGUUGGGGGGCGUGUUGAGAAGAGCAAAGUCCAAAAACGGUGGGAAAUGUCUGCGAGAAAAGCUGGAGAAGAUUGGACUCAAUUUACCUGCUGGGAGACGCAAAGCUGCCAACGUCACAUUACUAACAUCUCUAGUAGAAGGUGAGGCGGUCCACCUGGCUCGGGACUUCGGUUACAUCUGCGAGACGGAGUUCCCAACCAAAGCUGUGAGCGAGUACCUCAACCGGCAGCACGCGGACCCCAACGAGCUGCACACGCGGAAAAACAUGCUGCUGGCGACAAAACAGCUGUGUAAGGAGUUCACAGACCUGCUGGCCCAGGACCGGACUCCCCUGGGCAACUCCAGGCCCAGCCCCAUCCUGGAGCCCGGCAUCCAGAGCUGCCUCUCCCACUUCUCCUUCAUCACGCACGGCUUCGGCUCGCCCGCCAUCUGCGCCGCGCUCACCACCCUCCAGAACUACCUCACCGAGGCUCUCAAAGGACUCGACAAGAUGUUUCUCAACAACCCUCCCAACAACCGGCACGGGGACGGCGGCAACAAGGCCGACAAAGACGAGAAGCAGCGGAAAUGAAGCGAAGACGGAGAGCCGGACGAGAGGCAGACACACAGACAGAGGCGUUAUACACCGUUACUUCUAGCUUUACACCACUGCCACUGACCUGCCACACACAGGGCUGAAGACGAGGAGGAAGAGGAAGAGGAGGGAGGCUUGGUAGAGAGAAAGAGGCAGAGGAAGACACCUGUGGGCCAGUGUCAGAGAGCACAGAGGGAUGUUUCAUCUGUGUUACGUUCUUUUCAUUCCCCUGAGGACAUGAUGGUUACUGUGUUACAUCCAUUUCGCUCCCCCUGCCUGCAUCCUGUGAGACUGAGAUGCUGUGAGCAGCCAACAAACAACAUUGUGUGUGUGUGUGUGUGUGUCUGAAUGAGAGUGUGUGUGUGUUUGUCGUCACACAGAAAAGCAUUGUGGGUAUGAAGAUUGGCUGAUUCUAUUUGUGAAACAGGUUUGUUUAAGUACGAGGAGGGAGGGUGUUAAUUUAUGUGUGUAAAUAUUUAUUUAUAUUAAUUUAAAUGGAUGGUUGUGUAAAUAGGUGCACCAUGGAGUAGGCCUAUUUAUUUGUGAUUUGUGAGCCGGCGGGCGGAGGGUGGAGGGGGGGGCAGGACUCAUCCAGUGUUUUUCUGUUCUUCUAGAGCUGUUGUCAUGGUGCUGAUGAUGGGUAGACAUGCUUCUAAUUGUCCAGUGAUUUCAUUUCUAUCACAUUGAUAAUAAACCAUGUGUUUUAUUAUGCGA